GAAAAACUGCAGGGGGAGACGGUCCUUCACCGAGCUGCGUCCCUGUGUCAAAGAACUAUCUGUCAUUAUCUGGUUGAAGCAGGAGCCUCGCUCAUGAAGACAGACCUACAGGAGGAGCUGUGCCGGCUGCAAACGGAGAACCAGCUGAAGGAGGAGGUGAAGGAGGUGCUGCAGGCGCUGGAGGAGCUCGCCGUCAACUACGACCAGAAGAGCCAAGAGGUGGAGGAGAGAGAGAGACAUGAUGGAGACGAGGACAUCAAGCUGGAGAACCACCACAAGCAGCUCAGCCGCCUCAGAGACCAGAUCCAAGACAAGCAGAGGAUGAUGGACGAGCUCCUUUUUGUUUCAACCAGGGCCUGUUACUGGAGCAGGAGAGACUCAUGACAGAAGCUCAUGAGCUGCACCUGAAGGGAGCAAAGAGAUGGUCUGCCACAUAUUCACCACAUUGAAUAAGGACUGAAAACUACAAGACACAACAAUAAACUAAUACAAGUUGUUGCUAAUGCUAA